UGGUCAUUGAGAACGAAGACUUCAAAUUUGCUUCAACAACUGGAAUAAGUGACAUGACGGAGAUACCAUUCGGAGUAUCUUAUGAUUGUACUGGAGAGUCCUGGUGGGAGAAGAGAUGGGGGCCUUGUAAGCUUUAUGGCAGAUUCCAAUUAGAUAUUCGUGGCACAGGCCUUGCUAUUUCAGAGUCGGUGGGUUGGAUUGCGGACGGAUGGAGAGGUGAAAUUCGAGACUUCACUCGAUCAUCAGAUUCUACAGAAGUUAGCUGUCUUGUUAUUGGUUGGCCUGCAAAGUGUACACCAAAUAGCACCAUGAAUGUUGAACCUCUUAACCCACAAGAGGUCUCUGGAACAGCACAGACAGUUAUUUGUGCGUAAGAAACAC